UCUGCUUUUUGUCUUGCAGUACGUUCAAGCAGAUGCUCCUACCAAUAAAACAUUGGCUGGGCUGGUGGUGCAGCUGCUGCAAUUCCAGGAAGAUGCCUUUGGAAAACACGUCACCAAUCCUGCCUUCACAAAGCUUCCUGCAAAGUGCUUCAUGGAUUUCAAAGCUGGAGGUACAUUAUGUCACAUUCUUGGUGCUGCUUACAAAUAUAAGAACGAACAGGGCUGGAGGAGGUUUGACCUGCAGAAUCCCUCCCGCAUGGAUCGCAACGUGGAGAUGUUCAUGAACAUUGAGAAAACACUGGUGCAGAACAACUGUCUGAGCAGACCAACCAUCUACCUCAUUCCUGACAUGGAGCUGAAGCUGGCCAACAAGCUGAAGGACAUUGUCAAGCGUCACCAGGGAACAGUCACUGAAGAGAAAUCCAAGGCCACCCACCAUGUGUAUCCAAGUCCUACCUCAGUGGAUGAUGAUGAGUGGUUGAGACCUGUGAUGAAAAAGGACAAGCAGGUGCUGGUACAUUGGGGCUUUUUUCCAGACAGCUACGACACCUGGGUCCACACCAACGAGCUGGACGCGGAAAUCGAGGAUCCCCCGAUUCCCGAGAAGCCCUGGAAGGUUCAUGCCAAGUGGAUUUUGGACACUGAUGUGUUCAAUGAGUGGAUGAAUGAAGAGGAUUAUGAGGUGGAUGAGAACAGGAAAUCCGUGAGUUUUCGCCAGAGGAUCUCCAUGAAGAAUGAAGAGCCCGUGCGGAGCCCUGAGAGGAGGGACAGGAAAGCAGCAGCCAGUACAAGGAAAAGGAAACAUUCCCCUUCUCCACCCCCCACUCCUGUGGAGUCCAGGAAAAAGACAGGGAAGAAAGGCCAAGCAGCUCUCUAUGGGAAAAGGAGGGGGCAGAAGGAAGAGGAUGAGCAGGAGGAUCUCACCAAGGACAUGGAGGACCCCACCCCAGUGCCCAACAUAGAAGAAGUGGUACUUCCCAAAAAUGUGAACCCAAAGAAGGACAGUGAGAACACGCCUGUGAAAGGAGGAACCGUGGCAGACCUGGAUGAGCAGGAUGAGGACACAGUGGCCACUGGAGGGAAGGAGGACGAGGACCCCAACAAGGGUGACCAGAGCCGCUCCAUUGACCCUGGGGAGGACAAUGUCACCGAGCAGACCAACCACAUCAUCAUCCCCAGCUACGCCUCCUGGUUCGACUACAACUGCAUCCACGUGAUCGAGCGUCGCGCGCUUCCGGAAUUCUUCAAUGGGAAAAACAAGUCCAAGACUCCAGAAAUAUACCUGGCCUACAGGAACUUCAUGAUCGACACGUACCGCCUGAACCCGCAGGAGUACCUGACCAGCACGGCCUGCAGGAGGAACCUCACCGGCGACGUCUGCGCCGUCAUGAGCCACAGACUGCCCGAGGGCCUCGUUCAGGCUCUGGAGAUGUACAAGGACGACUGGAACAAGGUGUCAGAGCACGUGGGCAGCCGGACACAGGACGAGUGCAUCCUGCACUUCCUGCGCCUGCCCAUCGAGGAUCCCUACCUGGAGAACUCGGACGCCUCUCUGGGACCCCUGGCCUACCAGCCCGUGCCCUUCAGCCAGUCUGGCAACCCUGUCAUGAGCACCGUGGCCUUCCUGGCCUCUGUGGUGGAUCCUCGUGUGGCCUCAGCUGCAGCCAAGGCUGCCCUGGAGGAGUUUUCCCGGGUGAGAGAGGAGGUGCCCCUGGAGCUGGUGGAAGCCCACGUGAAGAAGGUGCAGGAAGCAGCUCGAGCCUCGGGGAAGGUGGAUCCAACCUACGGGCUGGAGAGCAGCUGCAUCGCGGGCACCGGCCCCGACGAGCCCGACAGGAUGGAUGGAGCCGAGGAGGAGAAGAUGGAAACCGAGACAGAGGGACAGGCGGCCGAGAAGGUGGAGAACAAAGCCGAGAGUGAAUCUGAGGAGGGAGAGAAGGUCCCGGAAGGGGAAAGCGAGCGGAGCGUGGAGAAGGAGCCAGAGAGCGAAGGGGCUGCAGAGCCCAAGCCAGAGGAAAAGGAGGCAGAGGAGAACAAGGAGAACGUUGAUGGCAGCAAGGACAAAGAGGCCGAGGCUGGGAAGAAGAAAGUGGAACACGAGAUCUCGGAAGGGAACGUGGCCACAGCUGCAGCUGCUGCCUUGGCCUCUGCUGCCACCAAAGCCAAGGUUGGUGCUGUCCCAACACCCUGGCCUUGGCUCCCAGGGCCAGCAGAGCCUGGAGAGCUCCUUGGUGCCAGAGCAGUUCCCCCUCUGAGCCCUGACACCUCCCAGCAGCACAAGUGCUGCCUUAAUGUCUCCUGCCCGAGCCCCCCUGAGGGAGAUAACGACCAGGAAAAGGCAAGGCAGGGAUUGUCAGGAGCACAUUUGAAAUGCACCAUCCCUAACCCAGCUCUGCCUUUUGUCCCGUUCCUGGCACAGCUGGAGCAGCAGAGGCAGCAGCUGCUGACCGAGCGCCAGAACUUCCACAUGGAGCAGCUCAAGUACGCCGAGCUGAGGGCUCGCCAGCAAAUGGAGCAGCAGCACAGCCAGAACCCCCAGCAGCCCCACCAGCACCCCAGUGGGGCUGGCAUGGCCCCUCUGGGGACACCAGCCCACCCUGGGCUGCUGCCCCACCAGCAGCCCCCGCCCUACCCCAUGAUGCACCACCAGAUGCCUCCUCCUCACCCACCUCAGCCAGGUCAGAUGCUCCCUGGACAGCCCAUGGCAGGCAGGAUGAUGUCCUCCAGCAUCCACCCCAGCCCUGGGGCUGCCCCCCCUGGCAGCACCCCACCGCUGGGGCACCCCAUGGCCGGGAACCUCAUCGGGCCCCGCGUGCCGCUGGCAGCUCCCAACGGAAUGUGUAAGUGUCCUGGGGUGAUCCUGGGGUUCCUCUGC